CCUGUUCGGCUGGCUAAUAAAAUUAGAGACUGACGUUUCACCGUGACUAACUUACAUUUUAUUUUGAUAAAAAUAAAUAAACAUGUUUUAAUUUCAAAUACAAGCCCUUGAAUAAUAUUUAAGGAUAAAUAUUGAACUUUGUUUUCUACCACAACUAGUCUGAAUGAGGAGCUAGUGUUAACUUUGGUAGGAAAAUCUGUACAAAAUGAAGUAUUCGACAUCGCCUACUCCUAGCUUGAAUAACUAUCCUAGGAGUACGUCUCCGUUGCCAGCGCCGGCGAAUUACCAGCCCACGACAGCCAGUGCUGCUGUGAAGCGCUACAAGUACAUCAGAAGACUGUUCAAAUUCAAUCAGAUGGACUUUGAGUUUGCUGCAUGGCAAAUGGUGUACCUGUUUGUGUCCCCUCAAAAAGUGUUUAGGAAUUUCAAUUAUAGAAAACACACAAAAUCACAGUUUGCGAGGGAUGACCCAGCAUUCCUAGUUCUUCUUAGUGUAUGGUUAUUCUUAUCGUCAAUAUGCCUGGGGCUAGCGAUGACCCUGACAGCGGGGAAGGUGGCGUUGUUCGUGCUGUUCGUAGUGUUUGUAGACUUUAUCGGAGCUGGAGUUGUUGUGUCCACAUUGUUAUGGUAUGUAAGCAACAAGUACCUGCGCCGCGACCAGGACGGGCCGGACGUGGAGUGGGGCUACGCCUUCGACGUGCACAUCAACGCCUUCUUCCCGCCGCUGUCGCUGCUGCACUUCUUCCAGAUCGUCUUGUUUGAGAAUGUGCUGUUCCGGGAAACGUUCCUAUCGUGUCUGGUGGCGAACUCGUUCUGGCUGGCUUCCAUUAUCUACUAUCUAUACAUCACAUUUUUGGGAUACAGCAAUUACGGAAAACUUGUCGAUUCGGAUCUCCCGAUGCUGCAAAACGCUCGAGUGUUCCUCUUACCACUUCCAGUGCUGGUCCUCUCGUACCUGGCUACCCUCGCGAUGGGGUGGAACCUCAGCGAGAUGCUCAUGCACUUCUACAAGAUGAGGGUCCUCCAGUGAUUGAGAAUCAGUGCAUCAUUCAGGAGUUGGAGAUGCAAUUUUUCUAUCUAGUGUAUUGUUAAUACGGGAGGAGGAAUGAUGGGACUGCAUAAUGUAUUAUUAACUAGCUAUACCCCGUGGUUUUACCCGCGAACCCAGAUAACUCCAUGCCAUUUUCAUGUCAAACGGUUCGGCCGUUUAAUAUAAUAAUAUUACCAAACACCCACACGAACCUCGCGCUUUUAAGUGUGGUAAACCCUUUGUAACUUAAAGGACUGUAUACUACUCACUAACUAAAUGUUUUAAUGAAGAACUUAAAAAAAUGCUGUCUUAUCUAAAAACAUCAAAUAUACAGUGAAAACAAUGUUUUUAACGUUAAACAUAUUUAGUGAGUACAUUUAGGCACUUGACUGGAAAUUAACAUUUAGAGAUAUCACAAUAACUUGUACUGUAAGUAAAGCAAAAUAAGCAAUGAUAUCAGAGUGCCACUUCGUAUGAGAUGUAUGCCCUCAUAGAUAGCAAAUCAAUUACACUAUGUAUGACUGGUAUAUAAUAAAUUAGCUAUGUAUAGCAUUUAUACUAAUUUUGAAAUCUUCUUAAGGCAUUAAAAAUGUCCUCGAUUCCUAAUGUCCAUUGAUAUUAAAAACAAUGCAUUCAAAUGAGUAUGUAACAUAAUGUAACAAUUACUGAAAUUAUUUUGUUAAAAUUACAUCAUUUUGUAAAUAGUAACAUAAUUGUAUUUUAUAAGAAAUAAAUAAAAUAAAUUAAACUACGUUUA